AUGGACAAUUCAAUUGAAGAUGAAAGUGACAGCGACUAUUUUGACGACCCAGAGAGUGGUUCGGAAGCGGAAGAUGGAGAAAGCCAAACAUCAGAAGAUAAUGACGAAAUUGAUUUAGAAAAUUUUAAAUUAAAUGAUGAUUCUACGUGGCAAAGUUCAUAUAGUUCCAGGUCUGGAAUGACCUGGUCUUCAAUUUCUCAUCGUUCAACGAAAACAAAUUCUUCAAAUCAUACUAUUGAAAAAGCUGGACCUACGGAAAUUACUGAAGAUGUUUCAUCCAUUGAAGAUGCAUUUAUUUGUUUUAUGUCGGAAAAAAUAAUACAGAAAAUUUUGAUUUAUUCAAACAUGGAAUAUAUUCGAAACAUCGCUUCUAAUGAAAAACCACAAGAAAUAACAAUGAUGGAAUUAAAAGCUUUUAUCGGACUUUUAUUACUUGCUGGUGUAUUAGGAAAAUUCAAAGACAGACCUAAAAUGUUUAUGGAGAAGAAAUUCGAUGAUAAAACAACAAGAGAAGAAAGAAAAAGAACAGAUAAAUUUACAGCAAUUCGUGAAAUCUGGUCCGAUUUUCAAAAUUAUUUAAAAACAUGUUACACACCAGGAUCUUAUGUUACCAUUGAUGAACAGUUGUUAGGAUUUAGAGGAAAAUGUCCUUUUCGUCAAUUUAUGCCGAAAAAACCUGAUUAA